UUCUUAUUCCAAUCCCAAUCCCAAUCCCAGUUGCUGAUUUAUCGCUGAGUAAUGGACGGACUAAAACCAAGCACUGCAAAUUCAUCUCCUCUCACUCCCAUCGGAUUUCUAGAGAGAGCUGCUACUGUCUAUGGCAGCUGCCCGUCCAUCAUCUACAACGACAGUGUCCACACAUGGUCCCAGACCCAUCAACGAUGCAUCAAGCUAGCAUCCGCCCUCCAUUCCAUGGGCAUCAAUCCAGGCGACGUGGUCUCCGUCGUGGCCCCCAACAUCCCCGCGAUGUACGAGAUGCACUUCAGCGUCCCGAUGUGCGGUGCGAUCCUCAACACGAUCAACAUCCGGCUCGACGCCCGCACGAUUUCCGUGCUCCUCGGGCACAGCGAGGCGAAGAUCGUGUUCGUCGAUUUUCAAUUCCAGCCACUCAUCGAGGAGGCGAUCGGACAGUUGGAGAGACCGCCAGCCCUGAUCAUCAUCGAGGAUGGGGAUGAAGAGGGAGGUCGUCUCGACCGUUCAUCAUCUCAGCUCACCUACGAAGCCCUGGUCGAGAAGGGCGAUCCGUCGUUCAAAUGGGUUAGGCCGGAGAGCGAGUGGUCGCCGAUGAUCUUAAACUACACGUCUGGGACUACUUCCUCUCCCAAGGGCGUGGUCCACUGUCACCGUGGAAUCUUCAUCAUGACCGUCGAUUCGCUGCUCGACUGGACGGUCCCGAAGCAGCCCGUCUAUCUGUGGACCCUCCCGAUGUUCCACGCCAACGGCUGGAGUUACCCGUGGGGGAUCGCGGCCAUGGGCGGGACGAACAUCUGCCUCCGUAAAUUCGAUGCGGCCAUCGUCUACGCUACAAUCCGCAAACACGGGGUAACGCACAUGUGCGGGGCGCCCGUCGUCCUUAACAUGCUCGCCAACGCCCCGGAAUCCGCACGCGUGCAGCUCCCGCACGUGGUCCAUAUCCUGACAGCUGGAGCCCCACCCCCGGCUUCGGUCCUGUUCCGGACCGAGUCGCUGGGGUUUGCGGUGAGUCACGGGUAUGGCCUAACAGAGACUGCUGGACUCACCGUGUCGUGCGCGUGGAAGGGCGAGUGGGACCGAUUCCCAGCAACCGAACGAGCCAGGCUCAAGGCGAGGCAGGGCGUACGGACCCUAUGCAUGACCGAGAUCGAUGUCGUCGAUGCCGAGUCAGGUUCCAGUGUGACUCGGGACGGGUCAACUCUAGGUGAGAUCGUGCUUCGUGGUGGGUCCAUCCUGUUGGGUUAUCUGAAAGACGCUGAGUCGACUCGGAAGAGCUUGCGGAAUGGGUGGUUUUACACCGGCGACGUUGGUGUGAUGCACCCAGAUGGGUAUAUGGAGAUCAAGGAUCGGUCGAAGGACGUGAUCAUAAGCGGUGGAGAGAACAUGAGCAGCGUCGAAAUUGAAUCAGUGCUCUACUCGCAUCCGGCCGUUAACGAGGGGGCCGUUGUGGCCCGGCCUAAUGAAUUCUGGGGUGAGACCCCUUGCGCUUUUGUUAGCUUGAAAGAUGAGUAUCAGAAAAAAAGGCCGUUGGAGACGGAAAUCAUCGCCUUCUGUCGGGAGCGGUUGCCGCAUUACAUGGUGCCAAAGACGGUCAUCUUCGUGCCGGAGCUUCCGAAGACAUCAACGGGGAAAGUUCAGAAGUUUGUGCUUAGAGAGAUGGCUAAGAAAUUGGGUACUUCAGAGUCUCCGGUGAGUCGGAUGUAGGUCUGAGUCAGUGGCCGAGUCAGUAUUAUUUAUUAUGUAGUGGAUAUAUAUAUAUAUAUAUAUAUAUC